AUGGUGUAUCUGAUUUGGGUCCCUAGAGAGCAUUUUGUCCAACACGGUGUCCCUUAUUAUGGGCCAAUAAGUUACAAUUUUAUCACAAUACAUCUGGUGUUUAAUUCAUGCAGGGUUCUAGUGGGUUUGUAUUCAGGAUCUAUUUCUAUAUGGAACUAUCAGACAAAGACUGAAGAGAAGUCAUUCAAGCUUAGUGAAUCACCAGUAAGAUCUGCCAAGUUCAUUGCUCGCGAAAAUUGGGUUAUUGCUGCGUCCGACGACAAGUAUAUUCGAGUCUGCAGUUAUGAGACAGGCCAAAAGAUUUCAGAAUUUGAGGAACAUACAGAUUACAUUAGGAGUUUGGCUGUGCACCCUUUCCUGCCAUAUGUUGUGUCAGCUUCUGAUGAUAAUGUUCUAAAAUUGUGGGAUUGGAAGAAGGGUUGGGCUUGUCUUAAAACCUUUCAAGGACACUCACAUUAUGUGAUGAGUGUAGCAUUUAACCCCAAGGAUCCAUCUACCUUUGCUAGUGCAUCCCUUGAUGGGACUUCAAAGAUUUGGAGUGUUGAUUCCUCUGCUCCAGGUUUGACCCUGGAGGGACACUUGAAAGGAGUGAAUUGUGCUGAUUACUUCAUAAGCAAUGAUAAAGAAUAUCUUAUAAGUGGUUCUGAUGAUUACACUGCAAAAGUGUGGGAUUAUCAUUCUAAAAACUCUGUACAAACACUUGAAGGACAUGGAAACAAUGUCACAGCAGUGUGCUCUCAUCCUGAGCUUCCUAUUAUAAUAACAGCUUCAGAGGAUUCUACUGUCAAAAUAUGGGAUAAUGUCACAUACAGGCUUCAAACCACCUUGAAUUUUGAUCUUGGGAGAAUAUGGAGUAUUGGAUACAAGAAAGGAUCAUCAAGGGUUGCUUUUGGUUGUGACAAAGGAUUUGUUAUAGUUAAGAUAAACAUUCAAGCUGUCAAACAAGAUUAAAAGUGCAAAUUAAACUGCUUCAUCAUACUUUGGAAGUAAAUGCUAUGCUGCUGCUGCUACAAGAUGAAAGAGAAUAACAUUUACUCAGCUGUUGGUUUCGUUUGUAUUUUAAGUUGUUAUUUUUGUACAUGAUUUGCACCUACUUUGAGUUGUGACUCUUCACUAUUGUAAUAUACAACCAU